CGCGCGAGAUUUGACGAAAGCAGCGGGGCGGGAAGGAAGCGGAGACGCACCAAACAUGGCGGCGGCCGCGGCAGCAGCGGCGGUGACGGGAGCGACGGCGGUGACGGCGGCAGCGGCGACGUACAUGGCGGCGGCGGGGACUCGGGGCAGCUGCCAGGCGACCUCCCUGUGGCGUUUCCAUCUCAGCUGAACCUCCCUCCAUGGCCGUGGGAAGCCCCGUGGUGUGUCUCCAGAGUAAACUUCAAUUACUCCGCGUUUCAUCGAUGCUGGACUGGCGAGAACAAGGAGGAACUGAUUUGGGGUGAAAAGGCACAACGAACCGUGACUGUAAGACAGCCCGCACGGAGCAAACAAGAUGGGCGAGAAGAAGCCAGAGCCACUGGACUUUGUGAAGGACUUCCAGGAGUACCUGACGCAGCAGACGCACCACGUGAACAUGAUCUCGGGCUCCGUGAGCGGCGACAAGGAAGCAGAGGCCCUUCAGCGGGGGCAGAUGGCGACCAGAAUGGCCUGGACCACCCCUCUGUGGAAGUGUCCCUGGAUGAAAACUCAGGAAUGCUAGUGGACGGGUUCGAAAGGACCUUCGAUGGGAAGCUCAAGUGUCGGUAUUGCAACUAUGCCAGCAAGGGAACAGCCCGGCUCAUCGAGCACAUCCGAAUCCACACAGGUGAAAAGCCUCAUAGAUGUCACUUAUGUCCCUUUGCCUCUGCUUACGAGCGCCACCUGGAAGCACACAUGCGUUCCCACACGGGGGAGAAACCAUAUAAAUGUGAACUGUGUUCCUUCCGCUGCAGCGAUCGGAGCAACCUGUCCCAUCACCGCCGGCGCAAGCAUAAGAUGGUGCCGAUUAAGGGCGCCAGGUCUUCCUUAAGCAGCAAGAAAAUGUGGGGUGUUUUACAGAAGAAAACCGGCAACCUGGGCUACAGCAGGAGAGCGCUCAUCAACCUGAGCCCGCCUUCCAUGGUGGUGCAGAAGCCGGACUACCUUAGCGACUUCACCCACGAGAUCCCCAGCAUCCAGACAGACUCCUACGAAAGCAUGGCGAAGACCGCCUCGGCAGGGGGCCUGCCCCGGGACCCACAGGAGCUCCUGGUCGACAACCCUCUCAACCAGCUCUCCACGCUCGCAGGGCAGCUGUCCAGCCUGCCCCCCGAGAGCCAGAACCCCGCGUCCCCCGAGGUCGUGCCCUGCCCGGACGAGAAGCCUUUCCUGCUGCAGCAGCCCUCGGCCCAGGCCGUGGUGUCCGCCGUGGCCGCCAGCAUUCCCCAGGGCGCCUCCCCACCCAGCCCUGAGCCCCGGCCGCCCCAGGGCCAGAGGAACUACAGCCCCGGGGCCGGCCCCAGCAGCGAGCCCAGCGCCCACACCAGCACCCCGAGCAUCGGCAACAGCCAGCCGAGCACGCCCGCGCCCACCCUGCCGGCCCAGGACCCGCAGCUCCUGCACCACUGCCAGCACUGCGACAUGUACUUCGCCGACAACAUCCUCUACACCAUCCACAUGGGCUGCCACGGCUACGAGAACCCGUUCCAGUGCAACAUAUGCGGCUGCAAGUGCAAAAACAAGUAUGAUUUCGCCUGCCACUUCGCACGAGGGCAGCAUAACCAGCACUGACCGCAGCAGUCACGUUGUUCUGCACCUGGUUUUGGCUUUGUGCGUUUUUUAGUUUUAUCGUUGGUUUUUGUUGGGGGAGGACCAUCCCUAAUAUGCUAAUUUAAAGUUUAUACGUUAUAUUUAUAGAAAACAAAGUUGACAAUGGAAACAAAUGUUUUCCUUUUCCCCCCACAUAAAAAUUUGGUCAGGGUCAUUUAUAAGAAUAGUUGGACACAUUGGUGUCUGUUUUUUCCUUUUAUUUAGACAUUUGAUGAUUGAAGUGCAAUCUUAAUCUUACAGGUAUUCAUGUAAACCCCAUAUGUAUGGUCCAUGUAGACUUCAAAGCUUGAUCCUGGUGGUGUUUCACUGUAUACGCAGCUAGAUGGCAUUUCUGCCAUAUUUAAAAAUGGUAGAGAAAUUACUUUCUCACCAACGUUGUUACAACUUAUUUCCAUGUUUAGCAGAGGAAUUGCCUUUAAAAUUGCUCUUUAGAUAGUUGAAAUUCUAUCUAGUUCACUUAGUUUAAGUUGAAUUGAUAGUUUCAACUGAUAGAAGUAAAGCUAUUUCAGUAUAUAGAAAACCUUUCUUUUUUUCCCCAUAAUGUAAAAACAGUUAAUUCCUUUAAAAUAAAGUUAUAAAAGUGUGAGAGGAAUGUUCUGAAAAGAAAUGAAACAAGGCUUUACAUUGAAAGUGGAGUUUAAUAUUUGAAAACCUGUUUAUUCAAUCCCUUGUUUAAAAAUGCAUUAAUUUUCCAUUGGAUUCGUUUUAUUAUACAUGUAGUUUAUUUUUAAAACCACAAGUAAAUACACAAGAAUGCUAGAAGUAUCAGGGUGAUUAUCUAUGAAGAUGCCUUUUUGUUCUUUUAGUUUGAACCUGUAUUUAAACCUUUCAUCUGACACCAUUACUGUCAGGUGAGCUUGACAAGGACAUUGUCUGUUCUCUUCUCCCUCCCAUUCCUUUGAUGACCAAAGAGGUAAGUGCAAAUCCCAUCUGGUUCCCAGAAACAGUUCUUCACAGAAUCCCACCGUCCUGUUUCCUGCCUUGUGCCCAUUUAUUGUCCAUAAUUUCUCCACUGUGUGUGUAGGGACAUGUGGGGAAAGGUGAGGCGGAGGACGUUUUGAAAAGGAAGUGUACAUCCAAAACGAAUUGUCUCCUCUUCAGAAUUGGCCCUAUGACACUUAGUGUGACUCCACGUGGUGGUGCCCACUGCGUGGACCAGUCUUCCUGUCAGUGACAGAGCCACGGGAGCUGGCUGCCUUGACGGCGUGGUGGGCAAGGACUUACUGUGAAGGCAGAUAGCGGAUGCAGACAGACAUAGUUAACUUGUUUACAGAAAUAAGACAUGCUAAUUAAUCUAGAGGAAUUUUGAAUAGGAGGUUGCUGUUUAUAUAUUAUGUAAUAACUCGCUUACCCUGAAGCGCACUUGGUCAAACAAUAAACUUACUAUUUCUAA